AUGAGAAACGAUGGCAGGGAGGCCUUGUUAAACCGAAACCAGUUAGGACGCUGCGUUUCCCACAAACAAGACGAGCUAAAGAGCUUUAGAUCCUACAUAUGGUGGAUGUGCGUGGACCAAUCUAAUGCAUGGAGAGCAUGUAUUUCAUGGAGCAUUUUCAUUUUGUUUGGGAUCCUUGUUCCAGCCAUAUCUCAUUUUGUGUUCGCCUGCGCCACUUGCGAUGGAAAGCACAAGAGGCCUUACGAUUGUGUGGUGCAAUUGUCCUUGAGCAGCGUCGCGACGGUGUCGUUUUUGUGCCUCUCGUGGUUUGUCCGGAAAUUUGGGCUCCGGAGGUUCUUGUUUUUUGAUAAGCUUUAUAAUGAGAGCGAGACGGUGAGGAGGGAAUACACAGAACAGCUCAAUAGAUCAUUGAAGCUUCUAUGCAUCUUUGUCAUGCCAUGCUUUGCUGCGGAGAGUGCAUAUAAGAUAUGGUGGUACGCAUCCGAAGCCACACAGAUCCCUUUUCUAGGUAAUGUUUACAUGAGUGCAGCAAUAGCAUGCUCACUGGAGCUGUGCUCCUGGCUCUAUCGUACGACCGUGUUUUUCCUCGUUUGCGUACUGUUCCGUCUCAUCUGCUACCUCCAGAUCCUACGGCUACAAGACUUUGCCACCGUGUUCCAAGUGGAAUCUGAUGUGGGGUCAGUGUUGUCUGAGCACCUUAGGAUCAGGAGGCACCUCACCAUCAUAAGCCACAGAUACCGUGGGUUCAUAUUGUGGUCGCUGAUUCUGGUCACAGGAAGCCAAUUUGCUUUGCUGCUCAUCACAACCAGGUCCGGUGCCACUGCCAAUCUUGAUGUCUACAGAUCUGGUGAACUUGCGUUAAGCUCCAUAACUUUAGUCACAGGGGUCCUCAUCUUACUACGCAGUGCAACUAAAAUCACACACAAGGCCCAAUCAGUCACAUGUCUCGCUACCAAGUGGCAUGUUUGCGCCACUCUAGACUCAUUUGAUGCAAACGAAGGAGAUUCUCCAACGACUAAUCCAAUCGCCGCCAAUGGGAGAGUGUUUCCGGUUGCCAGUGACGGAGAAUCAGACAGCGAUCUGGCAAGUGAUGAUCAAGAUGAAUUGGAAAAUGCUAAGUUGGACCCAUCAUAUUCAUAUAGUACUAUCUCCUAUCAAAAAAGACAAGCUCUAGUGACGUAUCUGGAGAAUAAUAGAGCUGGUAUUACAAUAUACGGAUUUACAUUCGACAGGACUACACUCCACACCAUCUUUAUGCUUGAGCUAUCGCUCAUUCUUGGAGAGAUGAGCGCUUUACGCCAGCGUCACGGUGCAACCGUUCGUGUCAUCGCUUCCUCUAAACUGGAGCGGCAAGAUAUCCGUGUCCGUGCGUCUCAGAGAGACCAGGUGUGGGAGAGGCUCAGCGUAAAGUGUCGCCAACUCAGGUUCUCAGAGCGUUGUGCUGGUGGUGAAAGAGUAUGGCCUGGUCCGGGGGGAGGUCGUGGAGGGGUGUCUAAAAUCGAGGUGGGGCUUGCAAAAUAUGAAGCGGAAAGCACGCUCUAG